AUGACUCUCGGCGGAUAUCUUCUAAUAUCGAUUGUCGUCCUUGCUCCUUGUUUGAGCUCUGCAUUCUUCGUUCCGCCAAAUAACAUCGAAAAAUGCGAUCUUGGGGAUACACUCGGACUCAUCAUGUGCAUUUCUGUAACUAUUAUUAAGGCGAGAGCCAAAUCCUAAAAUGUCUGUUUUCAGCCAGUUACCAGUCUUUUUCAAAACAAUAUUAACUUGAUGAACGUCACUAGAGCUCGUGGAAUUCGCAUUUUGGAUGAGUGCAGAAAUGCGACGGUUUGUUUUCCUUGAUCUUUUUUUUAAAUAACUGCUCUUUUUGUUAUCAGACCUGCAUUUCCCAAUACAAGUGUGCCACCACUGUAAAAUUGGACAAGACAUUCAACCUGCUAUGUGAUGCUUUCGACUAUUUCUCUAAUGGAUUUGCUCCGUGCCAGAAGAAAAUAUUGGCUCAGAUGCCACCGUGCAUGAGAAAUGCGGAGAUGCUCAAAAAAAGUGAAAAGGUAUGGUAUCUUAGACAUUUUCAAUUUAAUGUUUUAUUUAUGCACACUUUCAGACACAAGACCCAUGUGAACUCAUCAACAGCUCGAGAGAUUGCUUCGAAACCGAAAUUACUGAUAUCUGUGGAGAAUCGUAUUGGACUCCAAUCGACAAAAUUUGGUCUAAGCUUCAAUUGUAUUCUAUGCUCAAAUGUUGA